UAAGCUACAAAGAAGUACGAAGGUGAAGCGCUAAUCCACUCCUUCUGAUCGCAAACCAGCUACCCCUCUAUUACCACACAACCCCGGCCUCCUCCCGCGUCUAAUGCGACUCUUAUACCUGCCUCUAGACAGUUGUACUGACAAGAUCCGACUUAGGAGUUCCUCGUCCUGCAACCUGCUUGCGCCAUAUUCGCGCCAUCACACCCUAGCUUAAAUUAACAACUCCUUCGUUCCGUCUCCCCUAAACCACGAAUUAUGGAUCUGGUCAACCACCUAGAAGGCCGACUGCUCUUUGCAGUCCCCAAGAAGGGUCGCCUUCUCCAAGCGGCCUUGAACAUCCUCGAAGGCGCCGAUAUCCAGUUCAGGCGUGAGAACCGCCUCGACAUCGCCCUCGUCAAGAACCUGCCCAUCGCUCUCAUCUUCCUCCCCGCGGCUGACAUCCCCACCUUCGUCGGCGAGGGCCGCGUCGACCUAGGAAUCACCGGCUACGACCAGGUCCAGGAGCACGAUGCCGGCACCCGGGCGCUCGCGCGCGCGCGCCGCAUGAGCAACGAGUGGGACCCCAGCCGGGCCGCCGGCAAGCCCCAGGGCUGCGAGACCGUACUGGACCUCGGCUUCGGGUCCUGCCGCCUGCAGGUCCAGGUUCCCGCCAAGGGCUCGUACGUCGAGGGCAAGGACCUGAUCGGGAAGAACAUCGGCACCAGCUUCGUGCACCUCGCGCGCGAGUACUUUGCGCGCCUCGAGCUCGAGAAGGAGGGCAUCACCGACCCGGCCGCCGCCGAGGGGAGGAAGCUCCGCACCAAGAUCAUCGAGCUCAGCGGGAGCGUCGAGGCCGCCUGCGCGUUGGGUGUCGCAGACGGUAUCGUCGACUUGGUUGAGUCCGGCGAAACCAUGAAAGCCGCCGGGCUCAAGGCAAUCGACACCGUGGUCGAAACCUCCGCCAUCCUAAUCAAGUCCAAAGCGCCCAGCAACCCAGAGCUCGUCGAGCUGAUCGCGUCGCGGAUCCGGGGCGUCAUCACGGCGCAGCGGUUCGUGCUGUGCCAGUACAACGUGCCGCGGGCCAAGCUGGCCGAGGCGACGGCGGUGACUCCCGGCAAGCGGGCCGCGACGGUCACGGCGCUCGACGAGGAGGGCUGGGUCGCCGUCAGCGCCAUGGUCGAGACCAAGCGCAUCGCCCCCGUCAUGGACGAGCUCGUAAAGGUCGGGGCGGAGGAUAUCCUGGUGUUGGAUAUUCACAAUACUAGGAGUAGCUGAGUGGGUGUGGGUGUGCAUGGGGGUGGUUAGAAGAGAUGUUGGAUAGAGAAAAAAGUGACUGUGUCGAGUCAAUGGCCUGCUAGGACGCCCAUUCAUUCCACGAUACGAGUGAAGUGAGUUGACGA